AUGGAAACGACCCAAGCCGCCUGCGUGGACACCUCCGAUCUUCUCGCCUGCGUGGACAUCUCCGAUCUUCUCGCUUGCACGGCGGCGAACCUCUUCUGCAUCUCGGAGAUCGACUCGCCAUUCCUCAGCUCCGGGCGGAAUCCUACACGCCAGAUCCUGGGAGUGGAUCGUAAAGUGAGCAAGAUCGAGGGUUGCUCGAACGGGGUAAACCAUACCUUCGAUCAAACACUGGACGUCAUUCUCCCCAGACCGAUGUACGUCGCCGCCCUGCUCGAAGGGGGCGCAGCGUCCUCGUCUAUGCAGGCACGUACGACUGGCUCUGUAACUGGGUCGCGCACCUGCGGUGGGUCGAGCCGCUCGACUGGGAUCGCGGGAAGGAGUUCAAACAAGCGUCUAUGUGGGAAUGGGCCCCAGGGGCAGCAAUACCCAGCUGCUCACUACUUCACGUGCAGCAUGGAGCGCUCGCAGCGCUAACUUCUCCGGCCAGCGGUUCACCUUCUCCAGCGCCUCUACCGGUUCGUCUUUCGGCACCUCAGGUUUCCCAAUACUUCAGCCCUACCCACCACCUACACACAGAAAAGCACUCGCCAGAUGCCCCGCACCCUCAACAGCAGCGUUCGUAAUCCCCUUCAAGGCUUUCAUGAACCUGACUUGCAAGUUUAUUAGGUGGUGCCUGCAGUCAGUUGUGAUGCAAAAGCCUUCAACAUCCCAGGAGCGUAUGUUGAGAAAAGACCUCACGUGAAGAAACCCACAGCUACAGUAUCAACGCAGACCAUCGACGGACAGUGACGCACAUGUCUCGAUCACCUCGAUCACCUCGAUCAACCCGGCUUGAUCGCCGCUAUCAUUUCAUCCCUUACGUGUUCCCGAAACGGAAUCCUAUCCCUUCCUGUUGAUGUCCGAUUCACCUGUUCCUAACGAACACACGAGGAGAUAACAGCACGAUGUGCAGCAUGCAACCUGCAAAGUACUUGCAGGGAUAAAACGAGCCGUUCCAUACACAUGCUAUCUAAAAUGUGUGAAACUUGUUCCAAAGGAGCGUCGACUGGUCUCUUCUGUCCUGCAGUACUUCCUCCGUGUUCGUCCCAUCCGCCCUCCUGGGUUUAGUUCGCUGUUCCUAGUUCCUAGCUCACUCCACUUGCUGAAUCCCCGGCACUGGCGGAGAGCAGGAGGGAGAGAUCAAGGAAGGAAGGACGUUGGUACGACAAGCAGCGGAAGGCAAGGGAGGGCGCAGGCGCGAGUAACAGCAGGAGGAACAGGAAAGAGGGAAA